AUGUCACUUUCUGCAAUGGCCAUGGGUACAACCUAUCGUGGUCGUACAACUCAUAAACAAGUAAAUGAAAGGAUCAAUUCAGUGCUUUCUGAUGCAGAUCCAAUUUCUCCGUCUAUCGCUCCAGCUGUAGAACACACCGAAUCUCCUUUUGCUGGCAUUUCAAACAGUCCAGUUACUACCGAUACAAGACUACUUAACCAGCUUGACCAUCUAAGCAUGCGACCUCAUUCAUCGAAAAUGUCCAGUAAAUUGGUGGUUGCAGAUCAAGUAGCAAGUCCAUAUCGUGGCCCACAGUCUAACAUGACAUUCAAUCCGCAACCCACGCAAUCAAGCAAAUGCAGUAAGCUUAAAUUGAAACUGGUUUUGGAUCAGACAAUGUUUAUUGCUGGAGAGCAAUUGCAAGGUCAACUGGAAGUCACCUCUCUUUCAAGGAAUAACUUGCGGCUUGGAGAAAUAUCUGUUGAAAUUAGAGGCCGUGAGGAAGUUACCGAGAGUAGCACAUCGACUCAUGCAUUUCUUUCAUCGCGUAUUGUAUUACAAGGCGAGCGACUUCCAUUAACAGAUGCCAUACGGGGAACAUGUAAAGAAGGAUAUUGGCAAGCAAACAAGGGUAAAACCGUAUUUCCGUUUGCAUUUGAUCUCCCCACUAAUUUGCCUGGCUCAUAUACUUUUCAAUCAAUUGCAAGUUUGAAAUAUACCUUGACUGCUAUUGUCCAGUAUGAGCUACGCGGGAAAAGAGAUACGCUCAUCAAAUCCACAGAUACCAUUGUAAUUGCAAAAGUCAGUUCAUCAGAGCUUGAAAAUACGCAAGAUCAGAAUGGAAAAAGUUUGAUGUCAGCAGAAAGCACUCAAAAGCUUAAAGGGUUUUUUAACAAUGACGAUGGACAGAUUAAACUAGAGGCUGCAGUCGAGUCACUUUUUAUUCAUGCAGGAAGCGAUGUCUUUGUUGAUGUAGGCAUUGAAAACUAUAGCAAUCGCAAGGUUCAGGGAUUCAAGCUGUCAUUGAUAAGAAAGCUAGUUUUUAAUCUCCACGCAGGAAAUAUUUUGGAAAAUGAAGAGGCCAAAGAGAUUUCAGAAACAGUCGUAGAAGUCCACUUCCGUGACAAGGCUUUUUCGUUUGAUCCAAAUGAGAAGAGAUCAAGUCGAGUUCAUUUGCAUAUUCCGAGCACGGUGUGUACUAUUAAAAACACUACAAUUGCAGAUAUAAUGUGUUUUAUUGUUGUUUCGCUUGAAACAAGCUCAUUUUUCAAACAAGAAAUUUGUGUAAAUAUUCCCGUGUCAAUCUAUCACAAGAUGUCUGCAUCAGAAAAUCACACCAGCCUGCAUCGUAUACAGUCAAAAAAUCGAGCAACUAGUCCUUUUGCUCGCAAUAGAUCUGCCUUUUCCAUGUCCCCUUCACAAUCACCUACAUCUAUGCUUUCCAGAUCUCCAUCUCCAACUUCUCCAAGGAUUGAAUCUAUACUACCAUGGAAGUCUUUGGGGAAUGCAUCGCAUGUAAGAUCCUUGUCGCCACCACCCUCUGCUUUCCGUGGUCGUGCAACAAAUGGAGGUACUCCCCAAACUCGGGUACUUCCUUGGUCAGAUGAUGAGGAUAAUGCCGAAUUAUCUGGUCGCGCUGAAUCAACCAUGUUUGGACAUCGUUUUUUUUCUAGCUCAAAACAUAAGAUUCAAAAAUCAACUUUGCAAGUUCAAAUCCCAAAAUUAGCUCCAACAACUUUAAAAUCUACUGUGCCUACACUACAGCAGUCACUCCAAACCGUGCCAAAACUUCCACCCAAACAUUCUGAGCAUUUACACGCUCAAUCUAAUUGUAACUCUGAAAUACAACCCAUGGUUUCAGUAUCAAAGCAGAAAAUUGCUCAGUCCAUGUCGCCAGUGACUACAAAACAGAUUCCACCACCACACACGCCUUCAGUAUCUGUGCAGCAAGCAACACCUCGGUCAACCAAAAUCGACCCAAUUCAUACCAGCCCAGAAAAUGGUGUUCCAAAAUCACACCCUUCUCGUGCACAAUCGCCUCGACCAUUUCGGCCAUUGCCACUAUUACCUUCAGUUCCUGUGUUAACACCAUUAAUUAAUCUUGACAACACUAAUGUAGCUAGCACAUCCAUGCUUUCUGUGCUUUACAAUGGAAUAAUGGGUGUUAGGGAUGCAUUUACGGUUCCGGUUGAAAUUCCCCAUGAGCAUUCUUUGCAUCCAACUGCCGUCUCAGCACCAAAAGUGAAUCCCAACUCAUUGGCAAGUACAACCUCAAGAACACCUCUCUCCACACCAGCUCUUUCAAGCACCGUUAAUACGUCUCAUAAAUUUGAGAAUACUGCUCAGCGAUCGCUUUCACCAAACUCAAAAUUUUUAUACCGACAAGGUAAACCGCUACCUCAUCCAGAGAAGCACCCACGGAAUCCACCAGCACUUUCGGAUCUGGAUGUUCAAUGGAAUGAUUCGCGUGUUGAUUUACUCUGCCAAUUAGCUGAAGUACAAUCUGUAGACACCUAUCCAUCGCCCCCAAGUGAUACUACAAAAAAAUGCCUUUCUUACCAAGACUUUGUUGAUGAUUUACAAGCUGGUGAGUUGUUUGAAUUUAAAUCAUGGCCAGUGUUUUAA